CCCUCGAGGAGAUCGACAGCUUCAUCUACGACGAGACGUUUUGCGUGGUAUCGAAGAGGUUUCAGAAGAACUACAUCCACCGGUUCACAGCGACCAAGAGCUGGUUCAUCUUUUCGCCGUGGAACCCGAUAAGGCGCUGCUGCAUCUUCAUUAGUACGAAUCAGUUCUUCGAUUACGUGGUCAUGACCACCAUUAUAUUAAACUGCGUCUUCCUAGCCAUGACCGAGACUAUCGAAGAAGCCGAAUAUAUCUUCCUAGCCAUCUACACGGCCGAAAUGGUGGUAAAGUCCAUAGCCAAGGGAUUCAUCCUGAACAAGUACACGUAUCUGAGGAAUCCGUGGAAUUGGCUGGACUUUGUGGUAAUAACGAGCGGAUACGCGACCAUAGGCAUGGAGGUCGGCAAUCUCGCCGGUCUCAGGACGUUCAGGGUACUGAGAGCCCUUAAGACUGUUUCAAUUAUGCCAGGGCUUAAAACCAUCAUCAACGCGCUGCUGCACAGCAUAAAACAGCUCGCCGAGGUAAUGACGCUCACGAUCUUUUGCCUGAUGGUUUUCGCUCUCUUCGCCCUCCAGGUGUACAUGGGCGAGCUCAGGAACAAGUGCGUCCGGCACAUGGAGCCCAACGCCACUGCUCAGCUGGACUGGCACGAGUGGACCUGGAACUCGUCCAACUGGGCGUUCAACGAGGACGAGGAGCCCAUCAUCUGCGGAAACGUCACCGGAGCCAGGCACUGCAACGAGAGCUACACGUGCCUCUGCGUGGGCCCGAAUCCGAAUCACGGGUACACCAACUUUGACAAUUUUUUGUGGUCGAUGCUCACCACCUUCCAGCUCAUCACCCUCGACUACUGGGAGGACGUGUACGACAAGGUCUUGUCAGCCUGCGGUCCAAUAAGCGUCACGUUCUUCACGGUCGUCGUGUUUUUUGGUUCUUUCUACCUCAUAAACCUCAUGCUCGCCGUCGUAGCGCUAAGUUACGAGGAAGAGGCCGAGAUCACAAACGAGGAGCGGAGAAAGGACCUGACCGACCACCGCGAGGAUUCGACGUUCAGCUUCGACCCGACCAAGAUCAACAUCAAGACCUUGACGAAGGAGAAGCAGAAGAAAAUUGACGCGCGCAAGGGUGUCCUGUUGAGCAGUUACUCGCGCAAACGGACCAGGAGAAGAAAGCGCGGUCGGAGCACCGUCGGGUCCGUGACGCCCAGUCCAACGCCGAGUCCGCGGCACUCGGGCCCGGCCGUCCCAUCUGCCCCUCCAGCAGUCGACGCUGCAGAACCAGCACCAGCAGCACGGCCCCCGAGGCAAGCGGCCCCCGAGAGCAACGUCGUCCACCGGCUGGCCCCUCGCAACAUGUUGCAGUCGCGGCAGGCGAGCAACAACAGCAACCAACAGUCCUCGAUGGACGACUCGGGCGUCGUCGACGACCACGACGGCGAGGACCAGCCGGACACGCGGGCCCAGGAGUACCCCGGCCCCGUCGCCAUUUCCGUGAGGACGAGCAACCGGGAGAUCCGCGUUCUCAGGUGCAACGGCAUCAAGAACAAGAAGAAGCUCUACUCGCUGCCCCCCGAGUACCUCUCGCACAUUGUCGUUUUAGAUGAUCUGCCGGACCGGAACUGCGACCGGUGCAUACAGUGCUGCGCCGAUUACGAGGGAUGGCUGCGCUUUCAGAACUGCUUGUACAAGGUUGUGCGGGAUCCGCUGUUCGAGCUGUUCAUAACCCUGUGCAUAGUGCUGAACACGUUUUUCCUGGCCGUCGAGCAUCACGGUAUGAGCGAGUCGUUGCGGCAGUCCUGUACUAUCGCGAAUCGAGUCUUCACGAGUAUCUUCACAUUCGAGUGCUUCCUCAAGCUGAUGGCCCUGAGCAAGGAUUUCUUCAACAACGGCUGGAACGUCUUUGACUUGCUCGUCAUGUCCGCGUCGCUGGUCGAUCUCGUUUUCGAGCUCGUCGACGGACUAUCGGUCAUUCGCGGCCUACGGCUGCUUAGGGUCCUCAAGCUUGCCCAGUCGUGGACGACGAUGAAGGUGCUGCUGAGCAUCAUCAUCUCAACCAUCGGGGCCUUGGGUAACCUGACCCUCGUGCUCGUCAUCGUCAUUUACAUCUUCGCCGUGAUAGGCAUGCAACUGUUCAGCCGGGAUUACACCCUGGAAAAGUUCGAGCCCGAUCCGGUGCCGAGAUGGAACUUUAACGACUUUUUCCAUUCGUUCAUGAUGAUUUUUCGCAUUUUGUGCGGCGAAUGGAUCGAGCCGCUAUGGGACUGCAUGCGAGCCGAACGAGACGAGGGCCCGGAGACCUGUUUCGCGAUAUUCCUGCCAGCGCUGGUUAUGGGUAACUUCAUGGUACUCAACCUCUUCCUCGCUUUGCUGCUCAACAGUUUUAACUCGGAGGAGCUCAAGCAGAAGAAGGAGGAAGUCGGUGAGGAAUCAAAGUUAGCCAAAUCCUUCGAUCGCAUAAGGUCCAUAGUGCGGAAAAAGCGGUACCCAAAGCUCAAGAGCAACGACUCGGAGGACCCGGGUGGCAACGACAAGAGCAACAACGCCAAGCUCGAGCAGAUCGUCCGCGAGGUCAUGGACAAGUCCUCGGACAAGGCGAAGCACGAAAAGUACGCCAUCCAGGAGACGGUCCUCGGCGCUCUGCCCAAGGACGCGAUGUGCCAGCCGGUGUUCACGUACGAGCCGAUUUACCGGCAAACGGUGCAGCGCAAGGAGACGACCGAAAGCACCGGCAAGACGGAUGAGGUGGACAAGGAGACCAUAGAGAUGAGCGUGUUCAGGGACGCGAGCGCCAAGGCCGAGGAGGCAGCGGCAUCGUCGAGACCAGGGCUGGAGGACGCGCCGAGGAAGACGGAGAGGAGGCCCUGGCACGCGCUCGUCAGUUACGUGGACGAGCUGACCGUCGGUGGUCGGAGGGACAGCCAGGGCAAGUACAUCGACCCCAUGGAGUCGUUUCCGAGUUUUGGGGGACGCAGGGCGCCCAAGGUGCCCCAGGACUGCUUUCCCGAGCAUUGCUACGAGAAGCUCGGCUGUAUAAACAAGUGCCUCGAUACGGAUAUCGGUAAAAAGUGGACUAGCGUGAGGACUAGCGUGCUCUCGGUCGUCGACACGCCCGCGUUCGAGUGGCUCAUCCUCGUGCUGAUAUUCGCGUCGUCGAUAACUCUCUGCUUCGAGGACAUCUACCUCGACGACAAUCCUUACCUCAAGAACAUCCUCUACUGGGCCAAUUUGGCCUUUUGCGUGCUCUUCAUCGUCGAGAUGCUCCUCAAGUGGCUCGCCCUCGGUUAUUGUAAAUAUUUCACCACUUUUUGGACCAUCCUGGAUUUUAUCAUCGUCGCCGUAUCUUUAUUUAGUCUCUUGAUAGAGGAAAACGAAAAUCUCAAAGUAUUAAGAAGCCUUAGGACGCUCAGAGCAUUGAGGCCACUGAGAGCGAUUUCGCGGUGGCAAGGCAUGAGAAUAGUCGUCGGAGCAUUACUCAAAGCCAUUCCCUCGAUCUUCAACGUCCUGUUGGUCUGUCUAGUCUUCUGGCUCAUUUUUUCCAUAAUGGGUGUCCAGUUUUUUGGCGGCAAAUUUUUCAAAUGCCUCGACGAGGACGGCGUUAUGUUGGAUGUAUCCGUGGUAGACACGAAGGAAGAUUGCUACAGGCUUAAUUACACCUGGGAGAACAGCAAAAUAACGUUCGAUCACGUGGGUGUUGCCUACUUGGCGUUGUUUCAAGUCGCAACCUUCGAGGGGUGGAUGGAAGUCAUGGCAGACGCCGUCGAUGCUCGCGGAGUUGACCUUCAACCGCAACGCGAAGUCAACCUUCCCGCUUACAUCUACUUUGUCAUUUUCAUCGUCUGCGGGUCCUUCUUUACCUUGAAUCUGUUCAUCGGAGUUAUCAUCGACAACUUCAACAUGCUUAAGAAAAAAUACGAGGGUGGCGUGCUAGAAAUGUUUCUGACCGAGAGCCAGAAGCACUACUACACGGCCAUGAAAAAGUUAGGGCGGAAGAAGCCGCAAAAAGUGAUAAAACGUCCGAUGAACCAGGUUCUCGCUAUGUUUUACGACCUGUCCAACUCGAGGAGGUUCGAAAUAGUAAUCUUCAUCCUAAUAUUCCUGAACAUGGUGACGAUGGGAAUCGAGCACUACGGCCAGCCGCACGUCGUCUUUUUCAUCCUCGAGGUGUCGAACGCCUUCUUUACGACGGUGUUUGGCCUCGAGGCCAUCGUCAAGAUCAUAGGGCUGCGUUACCACUACUUCACCGUACCGUGGAAUCUAUUCGACUUUGUGCUCGUGCUCGCCUCGAUCCUAGGUAUAGUCAUGGAGGACAUUAUGAUCGACUUCCCGGUCUCACCGACCCUUCUGAGAGUCGUCAGGGUCUUUCGCAUAGGAAGGAUACUCAGACUAAUAAAAGCCGCCAAAGGAAUAAGAAAGCUGCUCUUUGCUCUCGUUGUGAGCUUGCCUGCCUUGUUUAACAUCGGGGCACUCCUCGCUCUUAUCACGUUUAUCUACGCCAUAAUCGGCAUGUCGGUGUUUGGUCACGUGAGGAAGCAAGGCGCCCUCGACGAUAUGGUGAAUUUCGAGACUUUCGGUCGAAGCAUGCAGUUGCUGUUCCGGCUGAUGACUUCGGCCGGCUGGAACGACGUCCUCGAGUCGCUGAUGGUCCAGCCCCCGGAUUGCGAUCCGACGCCGACGAGCCGCAAAAUCAACGGGGACUGCGGCUCCCCGCUCCUGGCGAUCACCUACUUCACCUCCUUCAUCAUCAUAAGCUACAUGAUAGUCAUAAACAUGUACAUUGCCAUUAUUCUCGAAAAUUUCAAUCAAGCGCACCAGGAGGAGGAGAUCGGCAUCGUCGAGGACGACUUGGAAAUGUUUUACAUCCGCUGGUCAAAGUACGAUCCACACGCGACGCAGUUCAUACGGUUCUCGCAGCUGAGCGACUUUAUAGCGAGCCUUGACCCGCCGCUGGGAAUAUCAAAGCCCAACGUGGUCGCGUUGGUCAGCUUUAAUCUUCCCAUAGCGAGGGGCAACAAGAUACACUGCCUGGACAUACUGCACGCCCUGGUGAAACACGUGCUCGGCCACGUCGAGGAGUCCGAGGACUUUAAAAAGCUCCAGGAGCAGAUGGACGUCAAGUUUAAGAAGCAGUUCCCGACGCGCAAGGAGCUCGAGAUCGUGUCUUCCACGAGGAUAUGGAAGCGCCAGGACAAGGCGGCCAGGCUCAUCCAGCGAUCGUUCCGCGAGUUCAUAACGAACAAGCGUGAACGGGAGCGCAUAGCCCAGGAGGUGGACUCGCAGACGCAAACGUCGAGUCCCGGCGGUGUGGGCAGCGACGGUAGGGGCGGUAGUGGAUGGGGCGGCAAACUGUCGGCCCUACUGCACGUGCACAGGGGUAGCAGGGCCAGCAGUCGCAAGUCCUCGAGGGCCAGUGACGCCAGUGACGCCAGUGAAUUGGGUACCGCAUCGGCACUCUUCUUCCAGAAUUUUCCGCUUCUGAUGCUCUCCGGCGCCACGGGAGCCCACGAGGACCUGCAGCCUCCCGCCCUCACCGUCUCCCGUCCCUCGCCGACGGCCGAACACCCUUCGGCCGCCUCCAGCUCUGGCUCCGACUCCCACGUCACCGUCAGCAACAGAUCGUCCGGCGCGACACUCGGUCGGCAAGACGCUGUGGAAACUGACGAGGACGUGGCGACACCGCCUGCGCCGCCCCCGCCCCAACAACACCAGCAAAAGCGCCACUCGCUCCGGCCAAGCGGCACCGCCCUGUCCCUGAACGUCCUGCAGCGCGACCUCAAGGAAGCCUUCACCCGCCGCUGCAGCAGCCUGAGACGCCGUCCCGCGCCCCAGCCGCCCCACCUCCGACCCACCGACGCCCAGCUCGACGCUGUGAGCAUCCUCGUGACGGAGCCCAGCCCCGAGGGCACCUCUCCCGGGGGCCGACCACCCCUGCUCAGGCAACAAUCCGAGGCCACGGUCGUGCACGUCCUCGUGCACCGCGAGAGCGAGGAGUACCGCGAGCAAGCGCUCGAGGAAGAGGAGGAGGGACCACCCCAGGGCAAGAGCCUCAAGGAGGAGCUCGAGGACGCCGAGAGGAUGGCUAGAUGAACGCGAGUUGCAAACUACUUCCCCCUUCUUCGCUGGAUAUAGUUCGACGUGCAGCUGCUCGCAAGGGACGUGCAUAUAUAUACAUAUAGGACUGCAUUAUAAUAAUAUACAGCUCUCCGAACUCCGUACUCGUGUAAAUUUAUGCGAUAGGGUAUCCCAAUGUUGGAUCGAGAGUUUGAUACUUUUCUCUAUAGGUGUACGUGUCGUAGGAAAAUUUUUAAUUAUCGUUGGAUCCGUAUAGGUAUACGUACGUGCGUUUAAAUUGCGGAGGGAACGUGAUGCUUGUCGCGUUUUUAAUGAAAUGCGGGUUCAAUAUUAAACGUUGGCUGUGCGGAUAAUUAAUGACGAAUAAAUAAUCAUGAAAACUAUUUAGUAAUUUUGGUAAACAUUGCUACGAUUUUA